AAGCUGGCCCUGUAUGAGGUCAGCCACACGCCACACGUGGAGGCCUGGGACUGCCCGAGUUGGAGUGAAGAGGGAGAAUGGCUUCCAGGCCCAGGAAGUAUCUCCGGGAAAUCCCGUGACGGGGCGGGGCUGGUUCUCUGGCUGCAGCCCCUCCUCUUAAAGGGGCCCUGGGCCCGGUGUCUGGGUCUGGCCUGAGGGCGGAGCCGUGUCUGCCGGCUUCUGGUGUCCGCCCUCUGUCCUGUCCCACCCCGGGUGGUCCGAGCGCCUGCCCGCCUGCUGCGCCUUCCUCCCCGAGCAGCGCCUCCUUGGGAGUUGGUGCCUAACGCCCAGCAGGACUGAUCUGCCUGCCGGUGUGACCGUGCCUGUCUUCACAAUAGCCCCAACCUCUAAGCUGUACCCAGUGACCCCCGGGACUCAACCGAGCUUGGAAGCGGCCACCAGGCAGCCAGCCUGAGGAGUGGUGACAGCGCAGGAGCUCCUGGCUGGGGGGAAGGGAGGAAGGAGGAGAAACAAAGGCGAGUGUGCCUGGCACCGCCCACCAUGUGUCAGUCAGAGGCUCGGCGAGGACCGGAGCUCCGAACGGCGAAAUGGUGAGAUGCUGCCUGACGCGUCCUAACCCCACUGUGCCCCGCCACAACCUCCGGAAGGUCAGAGUUCAUGUCCAGCGGCCCCGAGGUGGAAGUGGUGGCAGGGGGCUAGGGGAUCAGCCCCCGAGACUGGAGGGGCCCGGUCCGGGGGGCCUGAGUCGGAGAGCCCGCUUCAGGUUGCACUUCCCCCAGCUGGCCCUCAGGCGGAGGCUGGGCCAGUUGAGCUGUAUGUCCAGACCUGCCCUGAAACUGCGCUCCUGGCCCCUGACAGUUCUCUACUACCUCCUGCCCUUCGGUGCCCUCAGACCUCUCAGCCGGGUGGGAUGGAGGCCCGUGAGCAGGGUGGCCCUGUACAAGUCGGUGCCAACGCGCCUGCUGUCACGGGCCUGGGGCCGCCUCAACCAGGUGGAGCUGCCGCACUGGCUGCGCAGGCCUGUGUACAGCCUGUAUAUCUGGACCUUCGGGGUAAACAUGAAGGAGGCUGCCGUGGAGGACCUGCACCACUACCGCAACCUCAGCGAGUUCUUCCGGCGCAAGCUGAAGCCGCAGGCCCGGCCCGUAUGUGGCCUGCACAGUGUGAUCAGCCCGUCAGAUGGGAAGAUCCUGAACUUUGGGCAGGUGAAGAACUGCGAAGUGGAGCAGGUGAAGGGGGUCACCUACUCGCUGGAGUCGUUCCUGGGUCCGCGCACCUCCACAGAGGACCUGCCCUUCCCUCCAGCCACCCCCUCCGGCUCCUUCAGGAACCAGCUGGUCACUCGAGAAGGGAAUGAACUCUACCACUGUGUUAUCUACCUGGCCCCAGGGGACUAUCACUGCUUCCACUCCCCCACUGACUGGACUGUUUCCCACCGGCGCCACUUCCCAGGCUCCCUGAUGUCCGUGAACCCCGGCAUGGCCCGCUGGAUCAAAGAGCUCUUCUGCCACAAUGAACGGGUAGUCCUCACUGGGGACUGGAAACACGGCUUCUUCUCACUGACUGCCGUGGGGGCCACCAAUGUGGGCUCCAUACGCAUCUACUUUGACCGGGACCUGCACACAAAUAGCCCACGCUACAGCAAGGGCUCCUACAAUGACUUCAGCUUCGUGACGCACACCAACAAGGAGGGCAUUCCCAUGCGCAAGGGCGAGCACCUGGGCGAGUUCAACCUGGGCUCUACCAUUGUGCUCAUCUUCGAGGCUCCCAAGGACUUCAACUUUAAGCUGAAAGCCGGACAGAAGAUUAGGUUCGGGGAGGCUCUGGGCUCCCUCUAGAGCCUCCUUCCUGUGGUGGCUACUGAGGGAGAUUUUUCAAGUAGAAACAGGAGGGUCUUUUAGAGGGGAGCCUCCACGGCUGGUCAGGGAGGGAACAGUCCUCAGGGCUGUGGGGUCUGAUCAGGAGGAACGUGGGUAACUAGUUUCUGCUGUCCCAGAGGUGUAGAUGAGGUCAGAGCCCCUGUUGACCCUGGACCUAUGUGGGCCCCUCUUCCCACUCUAAAGAGAAAGAACAUGUAUACCAAGAGGAUCUCAUUCCCUUUUGGAGAUUUUUUUAAUCUACUGUAUAAACUGGAGACCCUAGGUCUCCUGGCUGGGUGUUCAGUUGGUCUUGAUUUCUGUAGUAAGACAGAAGUGGUUAUGUAUACCCAUCACUGCUUUUUGGCCUCCCCCCCCCCCCCCACUUCUGACUGGGCUGUGCUGCUCCCAGAGCAGGGCCACGUGGCCUUUAACACAACUGCUUUCUGUUCCCAAUUCACCCCACCCUGCUCGUUUGGGAAAAGCUGUCUCUUUGCACUUGUGGCUGAAUGCAUCAUCCUUGACUCCGCCAGCAUCAUCUGAGGGGUCUGAUGGCAUGGCGCUUAGCAGGCCCCAGUGAGUGACCUUCCAGAGCUGGCAAGUCCUCUUUCCAGUAAGCAAGACCAGUUACUGAAUCCCUUGAAUGAUACCCAAAGUGAAUGGACAGGUGACCUAUGGGGGCCAGGGGAGAGUCCGUCUCCUCAUAUCCAGACCCACAUAUAAAACAUGGUAAGUUGCUGCUGUUGAUUCAGAGCCUUGUGCUGGAGGCAGAGGAGCCUUGGUAUAUUGGGAGGGGGGGCGGGUCCGUGCCUACCACACCUGUCCCCAGGUAACAGGUACAUAGUCCUUAGGGAGCCACUGACAGGACCAGGGUUCAGGUUUCCUGGGGAUGCUGUGAAUUUCUCCUGCAGGAGAAGCCAUUUGAACUCUUUCAACUGUAUCAGUAGCACAGUAUUUUUGUAUGAAAAGUGGGAGACUUCUGAACAGUAAUUCAUUUAAUUGCAACAUUUUGAAAUAAAAAAUAAAAAGUAAAACUCA